GUUUUUCUAAUUAAAUAGAAUCACCUGUAGCUGCAAACCGAGGCUUUCUUCAUCACCAUCAUCAUCAGCUGCUGUGUUAGCGUUACGCCUAGCUUAAAGGCUAGCAUGCUGCUAGCUAACCCAUUAGCUGUUAGCAUGGAGAUUAGCUUCUAAUGAUAAGAGCAGGGCUGCAUUCCGGAGGGGAGCUGUCAGUGUCCUGGGGUUCGGCAUUUCCUGGACUUCUCCUGCUGCUGCGCCUGUUUUCAGCUCUGGACACCAUGAAGAGAAGCAAAGGCAAAGCAAACGGGACCACAGAGAAGGAGUUUGUGUUUGAAUUCAAAGCAGGGAAGACCAGCUGCGUCCUCAAAGUGCCUCUUCACUUCCCCGUCCAGCUGAACAUCAGUGAUCUUCACGGAAGGCUCAUGCUUCUGCAUAAAAUACCUUGCUACAUAGAAAAUGAGCUGAAAGCCUCACUUUCUGCCUUCAUAGAGAAGGAGACCACCUGGGAUCACGACAGGGAGGCUGAGCUGGCCCUGCAGAGGCUCUCCACAGGAGAAGUGGAUGCAGAGCAGCUCACCAGCGCCUGGGCCAGAUCCUAUGCAGAGACCAGCCUGGAGCACGCCAGGCCAGAGGAGGCCAGCUGGGACGAGGACUUUGCUGACGUCUACCACGAGCUGAUCCACUCGCCCGCCUCAGACACCCUCCUCAACCUGGAGCACAACUACUUCGUCAGCAUCUCUGAGCUCAUCAGCGAGAGAGACAUGGAGAUGAAGAAGCUGCUGGAGAGGCAAGCAGCAGAAAUGGACUCGGUGAUGCAGGAGCUGGGGAACACGUUCAGUGACCACGAUGUGAACUCAGUAGCAUCUCAGCACUUUGACGCCCAGCAGGUCCUGGAGAACAAAUGGGCGAGUGAACUUAAGCAAGUGACGGGCAUUCAGAAGCAGGAAUACCAGGAGUGGGUCGUCAAACUGCAUCAGGAUCUGCAGAAAUCCAACAACAGCAGUAAAAUUAAUGAGGAGAUAAAGGUGCAGCCCAGCCAGCUGUCAGAGGAAGCAGAUUCCAGCUCGCGGGUCUUUGAGGAGCAGCCUCUGCUGGAGGAGAGCUUCACCAUACACCUAGGAGCCCAGCUGAAGACCAUGCACAACCUGCGGCUGGUCCGGGCCGACGUUCUGGAUUUCUGUAAACACAGACGACACAGCAGCAGCGGAGCAAAGCUGCGGCGGCUGCAGACGGCGCUCUCGCUCUACUCCUCCUCCCUGUGUGGGCUGGUUCUGCUGGUCGAUAACCGGGUCAACUCCUACAGCGGCAUCAAGAGAGACUUUGCCACGGUGGCUAAGGAGUGCACGGACUUCCACUUCCUGAGCCUGGAGGCGCAGCUGGAGGAGGUGCAGCAGGUGGUGCUGUACGCCCGGGCCCAGCGCAGCAGCAAGCACAAACACCCGUCAGAAACCGCCAAGAAUGGAGGAGAUGAUAAGAGCAAAACGGUUGAAAGGAACCCGUCAAACCUUCUUCCAGGCGAGUUCUACAUCUCCAGACACUCCAACCUGUCCGAGGUUCACGUCGUCUUCCACCUGUGCGUGGACGACAACCUGCGCUCCGGGAACAUCACGGCCCGGGAUCCAGCUAUCAUGGGUCUGAGGAACAUCCUGAAGGUGUGCUGCACUCAUGACAUCACCACCGUCACCGUCCCCCUGCUGCUGGUCCACGACAUGUCCGAGGAGAUGACCAUCCCCUGGUGUCUGAAGAGAGCAGAGCUGGUCUUCAAAUGUGUCAAAGGUUUUAUGAUGGAAAUGGCCUCGUGGGACGGAGGGAUCUCGCGCACGGUCCAGUUUCUGGUGCCAAAGACUAUUUCAGAGGAGAUGUUCUACCAGUUGAGCAACAUGUUGCCACAGAUCUUCCGCGUCUCAUCAACCCUAACCCUCACUUCAAAGCACUGAUGCGUGGACGGACCGCGCGUCUCCGUCUAACUGGAAUACUUCAGAUGUUUUCAUCACUAAUAGUUUCCAUAACUGCAUCAGAGACUUUUAAAUGCAGAGAGUUUGUAGAAAAGGAGAGAAAUCCUCAACACAACUAUUCAGACACGCCCCUGCUAGCUAGUUUCAGCCUUUUAAACCCGCUCAAACUGAGCUUAUUGAAAUCCCUGGGAUAAAACGGUGGAAAAUAAAUACAUUCUUUUUAAUAUUAAAGUUGACAUAAUUUAUUCACCCAGAAAAACUAGAAAUGUUGAAUGUAGGAAACAUAACAGUUGAUUGUUCCAGAGGUUUUAAGUCAUAAAAAGGCCUCUGUCAUAAUUUCUAAAACAGGAAGCACUUCCAUAUAUGGAUGAUUACAUAUUAUCUGGAAUCAAUCUGAAAAUCUCUCUCAGCUAGAAGAUAUUUGUUUUUUUAAUGAAGAAGACAUUUUUAAGCAGGAAUAUGUUGAAAUCAUGUGUCAAAGAGCAUUUUUUCAAUAAAGAUGAGCCUUUCUCUCCAGCAUCAGCUUGAAAUGACUUCAUGUUCAAACCACAUGUUCUGGCUACGCUAACUGCAGAUGGACUCUGAGAGGUUUAGCAGACUGUUUACCUGUAAUUAAAGUUUAAUUACAGGUAAUCAGUCAAGUAUCAGACUGACUGAGUGUUUAGGGGAAAAAAGAGACUUUCCCGACCGCUGCAUGGCCCAGUGGUCAUAAUGUUGGCUGAUCCAGAAUGAUUGUAGGUAGCAGUGUGCUGACAUGGAGCUGAGCACUUUAGAGUAAGAAUGCUGGUCAGAAGGGGAGCAGAAUGUAUAAAAUCCACCUGAAUGCUGCUAGAAUUUCAGUGAUUUGAUUAGCUGUUGUCCCAAGCAGUCAGUCAUCAGUGACCCGACUCCCCCAGAGCUUUUAAAUCCCUCCACUGGGUUCCUGUUUGCCACGUCUCCUUCCACUCAACGUUUCUCAUGUAAAUCCAUUAAAUUCGAGCUGCAGGAGUCUCCUUCACAGCUUUUGUCUAAGGUGAACGUUGAGUUGUGGGUUUUUGGGCUAUGGUCAUGGAAGCUGGCGCUGCUGUCCCGGUCUUGGGGUAAAGUGCCUUGCCCAGAGGCACAUCGGCAUGUGAUGAGGAGAAGCAGGAAUCAAAGCUUCUGAUUGCGAGGCGACUACUCAGCCCAUCACGCCACGGUGGCCCUGCCUGUGUCUUCCACCUCUGAACAUUUCACCACUUUCUUCGCCUGCUUUGCUAAGAGGUCCAUCCAGCAGAAAAAGCCAGACGGUUCCUUUAUGCUGUGGAGAUUAAUGGAGUCUGGUUCCAGUUGCUGUCUGGUGCAGGUUCUGUGAGUUUCCUGGAUAAAAACAUUCAGGAGAACAGAUGAUUGAAGAUCCUGGCUCCGUUAUCUUUGGUGGUGAGAAGUUCCUGUUUCCCUCUCAGCUGUGAUCUGUGGCGUCUGCCACGCUGACACAGGACCAGCCCAGAGACGAAGGCCCGCUCCACUAGAUGAAGGUUUGGUGCAUUCUCACCGCAGGUGAACAGAUUUAAUUAGGAUGCUGAUUGUGAAGAAUAUCUCCUGUUGUGAAGGGAAAUUUCUUUUUAAUAUAUGGCGUCCUGUAGUCAUAUUUAUCGGUUCAUAAAUGAUGACGUGGUCAGCCAGAUGUAACGUAAUCUCAUGCAUAAUUGGCUUCAUGUUGAGUUAAAUUGGUUCCAAUUGUAAUAAAGACAAAUUGGGA